AAAGUUCUCAAAUUCAAAAACUUCACUUCUUCUCAAAUAAUAAUAAUAUCCCUAAAUCGAAAGUUUUUAAUUAACCUUUUCCCAUUUCCAAUUUUCCUCAAGCAUGAGUCAAUCCACUCCGGAACGCGGCGGCUCCACCUCCAUCUCCGGCGGUGGCUCUGUCCUAGCAACGCCAAGGCGAGCAGCAGCGACUUUGAUCGUCUCUUUAUCGACUCUGAUGGCGCUCUGUGCGAAACAAGCGAACAGAGUAUCAAAAAAGCUUCAAAUAAAACUGAAAUCGAAGCAGUUGCCGCGAUUAGAGUUAAGGUCACCCCAGCUUCGCCCGAAGCGGUUUCUGAAGAACAUAAGCAACACGUUAAUUCAUAAGAAGAAGAAUAAGCGCGGCGCCGGCGAUGCGGAGGAGGAGGAGUGGGGAGACGGCGGAGUAUGGCAGAAGGCGAUCUUGAUGGGAGAUAAGUGUGAGCCGUUGGAUUUCUCGGGCGUAAUUUAUUACGAUAGUAACGGGAAACAGCUGAACGAAGUUCCGUUACGGUCGCCACGUGCCAGCCCGUUGCCCGCCUUUCUUGCAACCAAUCACCGCCAGGUAUACUGAGUUGAAUGGAGCUUUAGUAUCUUUAAACGUCACGCGCGGGUGAUUUCAGGUAGGUCACCUAAGCAUGUGAAUGGGUGAGAAUUGGGGAUGCUCCUUUGGGUUUUACUUCGGCCCUGUUUUUGCAAAUUUCUCCUUUGUAUAGUAUAUAAUAUAUAUAGAGUGGAAGUAAUCAUGUUGAGUGUAUGUAAAAUAUACUAUAUGUUUCCUUCCAUCUAGUUCAUCUCGACAUGCCCUCCAUUAAAUUUA